AUGAUCAGGCCCGUCCAGAGGGAAAGUGAAGGCGCUUCGCAGGUCGUUGGUCUGGCAGAGCAAAGAGCGUUCACUGAUGAAGAGCUGAGGCGAUGCGAGCGCGACCUCGCACUCAUGCCGUGGACAUCAGAAGCAGACUAUGCCGCCUACCGCGUGGGCCAAUGGCUGCAGCAGCAAAUCGCCCUCACACCGGUUCAGGAUCGCUACAACCUUUUGCGAAAGUGGUGCCAGCAGAAGCACACCAAUCUCGAGAACCUCAAGUCGGUUGAUCUGAGAGAUGCCUGCCGCCUUGCUUGGGAGAAGAAGAUUUCGGAGUGGAUGACGGAGCGAGAGAUCACCAGCUGGUCCUGGAACAUGGAGACCUUCUACGCGAGACAGAUUGCAGCCGUCGACUGCUAA